AUGUUAUCUUUACUCAAAAGUUCGGUAUUGGUUAUUUUGCUUGCUGCUAUCGCCAAUGGUACCCCCAUUGAAAAAAGACACGACAAAUUUAUUGCUCAUGAGCUUGAACGUACU